AUGAGCGGUCUUCCAUUUGGCUUCGUCUAUGAUGAGCGUAUGCUAGAGCACAAAUGCGGAUACGAUGACACAAUGCAAGAGCGCCCUGAACGGAUGUUACGCAUCUACAAUCGCUUGCAACAGGAUGGACUAUUGAAAGGAGCCAUGAAGGUAGAGGCCCGAAAAGCCACAGAUGCUGAACUCAUGCUCAAUCACCCAGGUGAUCUCGUUCGGGAACUAGAGGAACUCAAAACUGAUGAAGAGUGUGAGGAGUACUGCAAAGACAAAGAAAUUCUCUGGCUCUGCUCAAAAAGUGCCGAAGUAGCUCGUGUUGCUGCUGGUGGAACGAUAGAGCUAGUAAAAGCGAACAUUGAGGGCAGAGUCGGAAACUCGUUCGCGAUUGUUCGUCCACCUGGACAUCACGCUUUCGCGAAAACCCCACAGGGGUACUGUGUUUUCAACAAUGUUGCCAUCGCGGCCAAAUUCGCUACCGAACAUCUUGGGAUUAAAAAGGUGGCUGUGGUGGACUUUGACUAUCAUGCGGGCAAUGGGACCCAUUACUGCUUGAGAGGAGAUCCACAAUUUCACUUCACCUCAUUCCAUGCCUUUCACCACGGAUCAUUCUGGCCGUACAGCUCCGAGUUUGACUACAACACGGAAUACAAAAAUACUCUCAUGUUCCCCUUAAAUGGAGCGAUGAAUACCGAAUGUGAUUUCGUGAGCGCUUUCCACCACAUUCUGUUGCCUAUGCUGCGGACGUGGAAACCACAGCUUGUCCUCGUCUCUGCUGGCUUUGACUCCGGCUACUAUGAUCUACAAAGGGAAAAAGGGCAAGGAGUGAAGGCCCAUGGGUAUGGUCACAUGGUUCGCUUACUCAAUGAGAUAUGCCCAAAUCGAAUUGUUGCUGUGCUGGAAGGAGGCUACUACCCGACUAACUAUACUGAAGCCGCAUCGAUGAUGGUUCGAGGGUUGCAGGGUCUUCCCCUUCCAAACCUGAAUCUCGGUCGACUUUCACCUGCUUUCAAAGAAACUAUGUGGAAUAAUAUUGUCCAUCACUCAUCACGAUAUCCACUGUUACAAGAGUGGCUUGAAAAGCUGCAGGCAAAUCAGCAGAAGCACGACCUUCCAGAAUACAAGCUUCCCCCAACAUACUUCCUUGGAAAAGGCAUGCGUGAAUUAUACGAAGAAACGAAACGAACUCGUGCAGUCCGAACUCGGGAAUGGUUUCCGGAUUUGAACAUAGAACAGAAGAAAAGUUGCGAUGAGGCUAUCGCAGCUUAUAUCAAAAUGUAUGACUACUCCGUGCCAAGUAGCGAUCCUUCGGAGCAGUUCCUAUUGGAACAAAUGACGUGGACUGAACGAUCUAGCGUUGAAGCCUUCGCACAUAGUGCACCUAUUUGCUUGUUCUUCGUACGGGAAUUUACGGACUUUGUGGAAGGAAAGAGGAAAUCGACGAUGAUCUGCGAUCGCGAGCUCAUGGCUGGCCAAUGUUUGACGCGUUCUUGUGAACAACUAUUUGAAUUCGCCAUUCAGUGA